CGUCAUCAAAAUAUGGGCACAAAUGAAAACAUGGAGACGAUUUACAGAUGGCGGACUAGAUAAUGACGAAAUUCAUUAUAGGCAAAAUGUUCCAAAGAACUUCGUCAAUUGUGUUAUGAUGGGUCCAUCUAUCUAUUCUAUAUGGAUUAAAAAGUGAAAUAGGAAUAUUUGAAUAAAAGGAAAUUUACUUUUUAUAAUUCUUUGCUACUUAGGAUAUUCAUAGUGCCGCCAGGACUAUCCUGUGUGUGGGUCAGCCGAGAAAAAGGAGAAAAAAAUCCAGCCUGAUGGAUCGCUAUAACGUGUCAAAGCAACUUGGCGAUGGGACAUACGGAAGUGUGCUGUUGGCCAUCACCAUUGCUGGUGGGGAGAAAGUGGCAAUAAAAAGAAUGAAAAAGAAAUAUUACAGAUGGGAGGACUGUCUAAGUCUGAGAGAAGUUAAGUCGCUUCGGAAACUUAAACAUGCCAACAUAGUCCAGCUCAAAGAGGUCAUACGAGAAAAUGACCAGUUAUAUUUUGUGUUUGAAUUCAUGAAGGAAAAUCUUUAUCAAAUGAUGAAGGGACGGGAUAAGUUAUUUCCGGAGUCGACGAUUAGAAAUAUAACCUACCAAGUAUUACAAGGGCUAGCGUAUAUGCACAAGCACGGAUACUUCCACAGAGAUUUGAAACCAGAAAAUCUCCUUUGCUCUGGCGUAGAACUCGUAAAAAUCGCGGACUUCGGUCUUGCACGAGAAAUUCGCUCACAGCCUCCGUUUACAGAUUAUGUAUCGACCAGAUGGUACAGAGCACCCGAAGUUCUCCUCCGAUCAACGAGUUACAACUCACCGAUUGAUCUGUGGGCAUUGGGAGCAAUCAUGGCUGAGUUGUAUACGUUACGUCCCCUCUUUCCUGGAAGUAGUGAAAUCGAUGAGAUAUUCAAGAUAUGUAGCAUUCUGGGUACUCCAAGUCGGGCCGAUUGGAAUGAAGGUCACCAAUUAGCUGCUGCGAUGAACUUCAAGUGGCCCCAAUGUGUUGCAACGAAUCUUAAGUCAAUUAUACCGAAUGCUAGUAACGAUGGUAUACAAUACUUGAAGGACUCCAUGGCGUGGGAUCCCAAGAAGAGGCCCACUGCAGCGCAGUCCUUGAAAUAUCCCUUCUUCCAAGUUGGCCAGGGCCUGUUUCCGUCCCAACCACAGCGACCUCAACAACAACAACAACAACAACAACAGCAACAACAACAGCAGCAGCAAAAGCAGCAGCAGCAGCAACAUCAAGCACAGUCCAUGACGCAACGACAACCACUGACACAGAAAGCACCGGUGAUUCCGAUUGAUUCGUCACCGGCUCGAGCAUCACCAGUUGUCGCAAAGGAACCGGUGCAACCUCAACGACAGGCGCAUAAUCUGGAGAACAAGAAUCCUCUCUUGCCGUCAAUACAGAGUAAACAGACGGGCGCAAAUAAACAGCAGACGGAUUCGUAUGGGUACCCAGUGGCGGGCAAGAAGUCCGCUCCAAGAAAACGAUGGGGGGCAUCCGAGAGCUGGGACGAUUGGGACGACUUCGAUGCCAAUCAAUCGAUGAACAAAUCAAAGAGGAAUGCAGCAGUGGCGAAAAAGAAAGAUGAAGAUGAUAUCUUUGCUGGACGAUCAGCAAGGAGACUGUCGUUUGAUUGCUUUAACAAGCCAAAGAGACACUCCAUCACCAAGAAAGAUGAAGAUGACAUCUGGGGUUUUAGCCAAAAGCCUCGGAAUCAGAAUAAGGUACCUGCUGAUUAUCAUUUCCCUGGCUAUAAUAAGCCAAAGCGGCCGUCAAUAACCAAAAUAGGGAACGAUGACGACGAUGAUAUAUGGGGGUUUGCUAACGAGAAGAAAUCGUCCACGAAGAAUCAGCCAGGUCGGGUGAAUUCUGGUCGGUCAUCUGGGAACUCCUCCGCUAAAGCACACUAUAUGAACAAGGCUCGUUAUCUCCCAGGUAUCAAUGCACGGGGUAGUGGCCACAAGGAUAACUCACCUAACUCGUGGGGUUCACCCAUGGGCAAGCAGACGGGCAUAGGAGGCAUAUCGUCAUAUCGGGGUAACAACCAAGGUGUCUCAAAUUACGGUCAGAGUUCAAACGCUGGUUAUGUCCCCUCCUUCCUUAGUAAUGCCAACACUAAUAAGACUACUUCAAAUUACAACCCGGGCAGUUGGAAGCGCGCGCAGCCGGCGCCCAUGUCAUUGAACAAGAACUCCGCCAACGUGAGCAAGCCCAUCGGCGCAUCGACACAGGUGGCUGGACGCACAGACUGGGCUGCCAAGUACCUAAAGUCUUGAAGUCCAGUCCAAUAAGAAGUCUGGUGCCGAGAAUGCGGGAUGGUCACAAAUAAUAAUAAAAAUGAUUGCCUGCAAAAAAAAUUAGGAAAAAGAGACAAUUUAAAAAUAAUAUCCAUGACAAUAGGAGGAGCCAGGAGGUCACAUGAUAUGAUUUACAAAGAAAUAAAUCCUUCCAUGUAAAAAUAAAUAUUAAAGCCGUCCGGAUGCUUUCUUGAAUAUGACUUGACAAUGGAUUGGUCAUGCUGAUAGAACUUUGACCAGAUGCCUGAUAUAUUCUUUGGCUUGAGUAGAGGACGUCUCAAGCAAUGUUUGACAAAUUGUAAAGAAAUGAUUCCGACUGAUUUUGCUGUCCAAUGUGUCAAUGUGUGCAGUCUGUUUUUCAAUCAGUUGGUAUUAUAGUGGUGUCACCUGUAAAAGCACCCAUCAAGGUUAACAUUCUCAAAUUGUUCCGGCCAUUUGUACUCUGUGGUGAUGAGCACAUCAUAACUGUGUGAAUUUGAAUCCUUGUUGGAGGAGGAACUUAAUGCGCCAAUGUGAAAUUUGUGAAUUUAGAAGAUGGCUAUUUUUGAUAAAUGAUAAAACCUUGACGAGUGCAAUUGGCUGCAUUUAGGAUUUCAAAGUGACUUUGAAAUACCAGUAAAAUCCGUCCUGAAGUUCGCAAUUGUAUGUAUUUUUUAAGCCUUUCACUGUGUCAAGUUUAACUUGAUAAGCCCGGGGCAAGAGUGAUCCCUUCCUCGUGUGCUACUGUGUACCCACCGAAUUUUCGUAUGAUAUGCAUUGUCGAAUAUGUCAAAAUUCACAAGUGUCACAUCACUAGCAAAACAAGUUAUGGCUGUCUGCUUCAGAGAGCUUUAAUAAGUUCACUUGCCUGCGCUAGUCUGCUGUUGGUUACCGUCACUGGUUUCCUCGGUCAAAGGACACCACUGUGAUCAGCGAACUGUGGGGCUCUAUGCCAGAACUCCCUAAGAGUAAAACAGCAAACGUCCUUACCUAAAAAGAUUAGACUGUAGGUGCAUCUCAAAAACUCUGAAUGCUGAAGGUGAGUACAUGUAGCAGACGUCCUAUUGUAAAUAUUGCUACAGCACUGUUCACGUAUGUGUCGACAUCAGACUGAAAUGACAAUUUUGUGAUGUAGACGUCACAUUUUUUGUGGAUUUUAUUGUGAGCUCAAAUAUGGCAGGAGUAAAAUAGUGUCACAUUGCUGUUGUUUUGAAACGAGGCCUAUAUUUUGAUUCAUGUUUUUUCAGGAAAAUGUAAACAUUUUUGUCCAUUGCUUUUAUGGUAGUGUAGUUCAGUUCUACCCAUGCUGGAAAGCUCUUUUUCCAUCGGGAAGUAACUAUGCCUACUCAAAGGGAACUUAACAAGAAGGCCAAAGCUUAUCCUGUACCCAUUGAUGGUGUUGACUUAAAUUGAAACAGUGAUUUUGUUCCAACUCUGAAGUUAUAAAGUUAAAUGUUCUGACUUCUUUCUGAAUGUAUGUUAAGUUCAUCCAUGAAUCAACAGUGAGGGUACAUUUCAAAGAGACAAGCAUGACUUUGGUCUUCACAGGUUCAAGACUCCAUUGAAUAGGCAUUGCAUUUCCUGAUGUAUUUGUUAUAGUUUCUCUCGUGGGAUUCAUUCAGGAGCUGUUUGUCAUCUUGAAGUUGGCAGCAUACAUGUAUGCUCAUGUAUGCUCUGUACAUGUGAUGGAAGGUGUCACUUCUAAAGCGGGGCAAUUUUACACUUCAAGAUCUUUGUUGAUUCAUUUUGCAGUGUGGGGAGAGGAAGGGGGGAUAGUGUAGCUUUAAAACUGGCAGAUUCUGCCACGUCUGAAUUUGAUCUUUUUCUUCUCAAUUUGACAUGUUUGAAUGUUUUCCCUUUAUUUGUAUAUUAUGUUAGAUGGUGGUGGUUUUCAAAUUUGAAGACUCCCAUUUCGAGACUGUGAUAUUUAUGUGGGUUCAGGCAGAUGAUAAUACUUUGGACCACAACUCCCUGCCAAAAAACAUAAGAACAUUCAAGCAGAUUGAUUGGCUGUGUAUCUAACUUUGGGGCAGAGGGACGAAUGUCGGACUACUGUUCCAUUCGGUUUCAAAAUCAAUUAAAGUAGUGCCUUCUGAAUCACCAGAAUAUAAAAGGGAAAAAAUUAGAUUUUUUCCAAAAAAAACUUCCAUCUGCCUGGCCCAGUAUGUUUAUAUAUGUCAGUAUGACAGACUUGUACAUACAUACUAUGUAGAUACAUGUAAAUGCACUGUACAGUAGAUUUUAGUUCGAACAACUGGAAAUUUAUGAAGAACUCAAUUAUACAGUAAAUGAUUAAGAUGGUGCACAUUUUUGAUUGAUUGAAUUUGCAUGUUUAGGGCUGCAAAGAUGCUGUUCUACAGAGGAAAAUUUGUCGCAGAUGGUUCUGAUGGCUUACUGAUCACCAAUGAAGAUUUCACCGUGUUCAUAGCUUUCGACAAAACUCUGAAGUGGGAUUGUGCAUGUACAUGCUGUUGUGUGUCACCAAAGUCUUGGUUCAUUUUUUCCCAAUGAAUGUCUCAGCAGCCCUCAUGUUAUCUGUUUUGGUGAAGGAUGUAUAAUUAUCAGAGGAGAAACUCAUUUUUGAUUAGUGCCAGAUGAGUGAAUAUAGAAAUCUCUCAUCUUGUUUACACCCAUUUGAAGUAAAGCUCACUGGAAGCAAUAAUUAUGAGUGCAUAACAUGAGAAUUUUCAAAUAAAAAAAUUUUUUUCUCCAAAAACUGUUUUUGUUUAGAAAAAUCGUAAGAAAUUUGCAAUCCACCACCGAUUGCAGAGGUAUUAAGAGGCGUGGUUAACAGAAAUGGGUUCACAUGGCUUGAAGUUGGUGUCAGAUUGGUGACUCUGGGAAAUUUCUUGACCUCCCUUGUCUUCUUAGGCUUAUUUGGUCUCCAUGUUCCCUGAAUGCACUGGUAGAUUUUCAUUUUGACCAUCGUUUAUUUGUCUUUGAUUGAAAUGUGCACCUGCUACUGGAGAUUUGCUUCAGUUAAUGGAACACAAGAAAGAGAAAUAAAAUGAUAUUUUAUUUUGAAAAAA